AUGAAUUUGAUAGAAAGGAAUGCAACCAACACCUGGAAAUACACCGAAAGAUUCCCGAAUAUUCGAAGGGUAACAUAACAACAAGCAAAAAGGCUUGGUAGCCUAGCUAUUUCUUUGCGUUUGACUGAUUCAUAACUAUUUUAUCUUGUAAGAUGUGCGUAUAUGAUGUGGUCUACUGUAAAUGCAUGUCACCAUACUGUAGAUGUCUCUGAUAUCCCCAUGUCUAGGCUGGGAAACUUAUUCCUGUAGGUGACAGAGCUAAGACUUGCUUACAAGAAAUAUCACCCAAGGUAAGUCGAGAUCAUGCUGCCAAAUAAUAAACAUCAAUACGAUAUAGCUAGAUCAACACACUGACUGAGUUUACAUCACUACCAAACUGUCCUGAAUGGCAAUCUACAAAAGGAUCUGAUGUGCCUGGUAUAUACAGUGCAGUCCUUUGUGUGUGGGGAGGGGGGAUUGCGUGCUUGUGUCUGUUUGUAUGUGUUUAUAUUCACUGUCUCGGACCUUCCUUUUAAAGCCCCAAACCCCACCAGUAGUGAGGAAGUUUCUCAACACAACACGCCCAGGUGCAGGGGCUAUCCGAGUAUUCCAUGGGAAAGCCAACGACCCUGAUAUUGCCAGUACUCUAGUUCAUGGAGUCCGUAGCCAAGCUUCUAUUUCUGUGAGUAGAGGCCUAAAUAAACAGAGACAUGUAUAGUGAGUGUUAAGCUAAAGUAGACUCAGGUAUUCAUUUUACAGAUGUAGGAUCUUAAUUUGAUUACUAUUUUGUUGCUGAGAAUUUUCCUGCAUAACAGGAAAUGCAAACUUGUAGUGUAUUCAUGAUUUUAAAAAGGCUUCUAAAGUUUUUAUUUCCAGACUUGAUUUGCCCUAACAAAACAUGUAUCAACCGCUACAGAAAAUGUCCAUUAAUUAUAAUCCACAUAAUAAUUCACAUUUCCUGUUGCUGCAGGAUUGUUUUCCUGCUGUAUCAAACUGGCUAAAAUUAAGAUCCUACAUCUGUAGAUACUGUAUUCGGAAAGUAUUCAGACACAUUGACUUUUUCCACAUUUUGUUACGUUACAGCCUUAUUCUGAAAUAUAUUUUGUUUUAUGCUCAUCAAUCUACACACAAUACCCCAUAAUGACAAAGUGAAAACAGGUUUUUAGAAAUGUUUGCAAAUUUAUAAAAAAUAGAAAACAGAAAUACCUUAUUUACAUAAGUAUUCAGACCCUUUGCUAUGAGACUAGAAAUUGAGCUCAGGUGCAUCUUGUUUCCAUUGAUCAUCCUUGAGAUGUUUCUACAACUUGAUUGGAGUCCACCUAUGGUAAAUUCAAUUGAUUGCACAUGAUUUGGAAAGGCACACACCUGUCUAUAAAAGGUCCCAUGAGGUCGAAAUAAUUGUCCGUAGAGCUCCGAGACAGGAUUGUGUCGAGGCACAGAUCUCGGGAAGGGUACCAAAACAGAUCUACAGCAUUGAAGGUCCCCAGGAACACAGUGGCCUCCAUCAUUCUUAAAUUGAAGAAGUUUGAAACCACCAAGUAUUGUGUGUAGUUUGAUGAGGGAAAAAAACAAUUUCAUCCAUUUUAGAAUAAGGCUGUAACGUAACAAAAUGUGGAAAAAGUCAAGGAGUUUGAAUACUUUCCGAAUGCACUGUACAUUUAACAUGGUAGAGAUCAUCAACACAUUAAUUCAUGGAGUUGAUAUGGUCGCAUUUGUUUCUGUAUUUCCUACAGGGUGGAUUAUUGAUCAACCCACCACCUAAGACCAUCUAUCAACAGAGGUUACAUCAGCUCCGUGAAGCUGGGUAUUCCACCAAUCAAAAAGCCCCGCUGGGCAGGUCACAUGAUCAGAGCCCUGGUCUUCCAAAUUGGCUCGACAUUGGCAAAGCCACAUUUGGUGUGAAAUCACCCAAAAGUGAGUCAGACAAUAAAGAAUGUCCCUAGAAGCUACAUUGUGUCACCAUGAACUUUCAUAUUAUGACUGAAAGACAUAUCCACAAGCCUUCAUGUACAAGUGUGUUCCUUAUGAUCCAGGUGCAGCUGCAGGUGUGAUUAUCAACCCACCUAAAAGCGCGGAGCAGGUGGAGACAGAAGCUCAGGAGGGACACCAGUCUUAUAUCCACUCCCACAAUGCCUACUUUGUCAGUGAGUAGGGUGGACAUUUGUCUCUCUUUGGUUCUGACAGUGUUCAAAUGGGGACUUCAUUUAGGCUUUGAAGUAAUUUAUAUGCUAUUCAAUAUGUUGUUUUACACAUUGAUUUAACAUCCAUCAUUUUCAGACACAUUUCUGAAGAAACACCAUUGCCAGUGGUUAAUCACACUUGUCGAUAUUUAUCUGUAUGAUUUUAGACUGGGUUAAGCCAUCAUAACUGUGUUGUGUCCUAGGUGAACAUGUUGAUAGGAAAUACAAGUGGAGCCGUUAUGGAAAGGACGGCAGGUUCGGAAUACCUACUCCCCACCACAACGAUGGACGCAGUGUCUCCAAAUCUCUCCACUGGUUGUGUGAUACUCAGAAGUAAGCACUCAUCCUACCUGAUGUUUAUUCAAAACAUUUGACUUCUCAUCACUCAUCACCAUUCAGUGUCACACAAUGCAUAGCCAAUAGUCAUGACAUCAAAUGUUGAUUUGUGUACUGCUAUUUUUCCCAUAGGCAUAACAGUGCUAAGUUUGUUUCUCAGAGAUGUGAUGACUUCAGGGAAAGGACACAGCCACAGGUUGGCAAAGUGCAUGACCCGUAAGUCUAUCACAUUAACUCUUUAAUGCAGAUCUAGUUAAAUGCCUGUUCAGCAUAUGUUCCAGACCUGUAUAUUGCACAACUCAUGCCCAGCUGCUAUAGUAGCUUUAAUUCCUCAGUUCCCGGCCUUUUGCAGCAUAGCAGACACAUUGAAAGUGCCAGCAAGUCAUACAUUUGGAAUCUUGAUGCGGCCAGAUGACUUUGGUGAGUACAUUUUAAAUUAAUAAAAGGACACAUAUUACGUUUUCUAUUACAAUGCCAGUAUGAAAUUGGUAAAAAUGGGUCAAUAUACUCAGUAUAAUUUUUUUUUUUCUCUUCCUCUUUUCAGCUAUAAUGUAGUCUAGAGGGGUGACCAAAAUGUAAGCCUCCUGUUAUUGUUUGAAGAUGAAUAAUUUGGUUUGACUUUCUCCACAGGCGCGGGUGACCUUCUCCACUCCACCCCUCCAGCAGAGUACCAGAGAGGCACAGACAGACAGCGCACCCUGGUCAGUGCUGUACGCCAGCACCUCAAGAAGGUCAACUUCCACCACUUUAACUCCCUGCUGCAGGCCUUCAGGCACUACGACAAGGUAACAUAGAGUGCAUUCGGAAAGUAUUCAGACCCCUUUGAUUUUUCCACAUUUUGUUAUGUUACAGUCUUAUUCUAAAAUGGAUUAAAUAAAUAAAAAUCAUCAUCAAUCUACACACAAUACCCCAUAAUGACAAAGCAAAAACUGGUUUUUAGAAUUUUUUGCACAUUUAUUACAAAUACAAAACAGAAAUACCUUACCAAACAAUUACUUCAAUAUGCCUACAUAAGUAUUCAGACCUUUUGCUAUGAGACUCGAAAUUGCGGUCAGGUGCAUCCUGUUUCCAUUGAUCAUCUUUGAGAUGUUUCUACAACUUGAUUGGAAUCCACCUGUGGUAAAUUCAAUUGAUUGGACAUGAUUUGGAAAGGCACACACCUGUCUAUAUAAGGUCCCACAGUUGACAGUGCAUGUCAGAGCGAAAACCAAGCCAUGAGGUCGAAAGAAUUGUCCAUAGAGCUCAGAGACAGGAUGGUGUUGAGGCACAGAUCUGGGGAAGGCUACCAAAAAAUAUCUGCAGCAUUGAAGGUCCCCAGGAACACAGUGGCCUCCACCAAGACAAUGCAGGAGUGGUUUCGGGACAAGUCUCUGAAUGUCCUUGAUUGGCCCAGCCAGAGCCCGGACUUGAACCAGAUCGAACAUCUCUGGAGAGACCUGAAAAUAGCUGUGCAGCGAUGCUCCCCAUCCAACCUGACAGAGCUUGAGAGGAUCUGCAGAGAAGAAUGGGAAAAACUCCACAAAUACAGGUGUGCCAAGCUUGUAGCGUCAUACCCAAGAAGACUCGAGGCUGUAAUCGCUGCCAAAGGUUCUUCAACAAAGUACUGAGUAAACGGUCUGAAUAAUUAUGUAAAUGUGAUAUUUCUGUUUUUUAUUUUUAAUACAUUUGCAAACAUUUCUAAGCCUGUUUUUGCUUUGUCAUUAUGAGGUAUUGUGUGUAGAUUGAUGAGUGGGGGGAAAAACGAUUGAAUCCAUUUUAGAAUAAGGCUGUAACGUAACAAAAUGUGGAAAAGGUCAAGGGGUCUGAAUACUUUCCGAAUGCACUGUAUAUACAGUUCUACUGUAUUAACUUUAUAAUAUCACAGAAUUUCUAAUCCACAGGACCAACAUCACAAUGCUUCCGGGAAAGCUUUGCGAAGCAGACUCGACAGACCAGACAUUAAUUUGGGGUCUGGGAAGUCAAUGGGAGAAGUGAAAUAGUAUUCCUUAGUUGUUAAUGUUCUUGAAAUCUAAAGGCACAACCUAGAUUCAAGCCAAUGUCUGAAGUAGCUGAACAUGUUAUUACUCCAACCUUGUGAAAGUGACAAACUGACAUGUUUUCAUUUUCAUCAAAAACAACUUUAUAUCGAAGGGGUGCCUUUGAUUUGACUGCCUGCACAUGCGCAGUUCGGUGCGAGACUACCGUUAGACCCGAUGAGCUUAGCGAACCAACGUCGCCAUGACAUUGCCUACAAGCGUGAUCUGGGAUUUCAAUUGGAGAAGCAGUUUCUAGAUAUCUUCAUACUGUACCAUCUUUGAUAAUAUUUUGUUAGUUUGAGAUAGACUGUCUGUCUGUGUGCGUACUACGUGCAUGCGUUCGUGCGUGUGUGUGUGUGUGACUCCACAGAAGGGUCAGGGUGUGAUCGACAGGGAGGACCUGCAGGACGUGUGUCGUCAGUUUAACCUGGACCUUAGUGGGCCGGUGCUGGAUGACUUGAUGGAGUACUGUGACGUGGACAAAGACGGACUCAUCAACUUUCUGGAGUUCGCCAACUUCCUCAACUGGAAGGACAAAAUGCCCAUCAGUAAAGUGGAGCAGUGCAUUCUGACUAGUGGUUAGUUAGUGUCUAAGCAUAGAAAUAUAAUUACUAGAAUGCACAUUCCCAUUCAAGUCAACGUUCUGUGAUUGGUGGACUGGCGGUAAUUCUAUUCCCUUUUGAUUGACAACUCUAACUCAGAGCGUAAGACCAGCACAGCCCCAGAUAACAUGCAGAGAGAGGCUCUCCCUGUGAGACCUGCAGCCUUGGAGGCUUUGGCCAGACCGGAGGACCUGGAGCCUGCAGAAGUGGGCAGCAUGCUGAAGACCCCCAAGACCCUCAGCAGACCCAGGACCGUCCAGGACCGCUUCGUCACCUCCUCCUCUCUCAUCCGGGCUGUCGUCGGUGGUCUCCCUACAACCAGUCAGUUGUGGUUGUGUUGUCUUGUAACACUUCACUGCCCAGGUUUACCUCAGACUAAAUAGAUAUUUAGGUGAAAGAUGCAUGAAGAAUUUGAUAUAAUUCCCACACUUCUCAAAAAAAAUUCAGGGAGGGAAAAUCCUCAGAGAUUCAGGAACACUUGUAACAUUUGUAUCUUUGCAUUACAAUGGACUGGUUGUCCUUUUCCCCCUGCUUCUCUACAUUGUGUGAAUCACAUUCUCACUGUAUAAUUAUCACAUCUUUGCACGUAGACUAUCGUAUGUACGGGACCCCCACAGUGCGCACCGACCUGGCGGCCCCGCGGAUCAAGCGCGUCAGCGACAGCACUAACUACGGUGACCAGACCACGGCCUUUGACCUCCUGUAUCCCACGCUGCACUCCCUAAGGGGAGUCCACAAGGAGCACUUCUUCUGCCCCCGCACCAAAGAGGAGGUACAGAAUACCAAUGAACCCACUGAAGAAUCAAGGGAGAGAAAGAAAGAUAUGGUCUAGUAGAUUUUAUAGAAUAGCACUGGGACAUACAGUACCAUGUGGAGGGUUUGUGGGAUUUUGUUACAACAUUCAAAAUGUAGGAAAAACGUUGUUUCAAAAAUAUAAUUGGUAUGAACAAUUCUGCCAUUGGAGAAGUGAUUGACACAAAAUGUUAUUGAAAUAGGACGGAGCAUAAACAAAUCAUUUGUCAAAGAGAUCUUCUGAUUCUUAUUUCCGCCUCCAUUUCCUUUUCAGAUCGCUGAAAUAUUCCGAAAUGUGGGCGUGAGUAUUUCCAAGGAGACAUUUGAGGAGGCGUGGAAGCUGGCAUCCAUGAGACACCCCACUGGGGACGUGUGUGUGGAGAUUUUCCGGGACGUUCUAAAGGAAAUUCAAGCUAAUUCAAUCUGA